AAUAUCGAGAGAGCGCCGAUUGGAAGUUGGUGUCACGAAUUUUAGACAAAAAACGGAAUUGCUAACCAUUUCCUUUGUGUUUGCAUGUUCCAGAUGUAGAACAUGCUUCUGAGGAAGAAAGAUUCAUCCAAACCGUUACCUCCUGAAGGCAUCGCUGGCAAGUAUACCAAGAAAGAGACAUCACCAUGGUUACAGGGCUAUAUGAGUCCCGUUCAACGCAAUGGCCCAGCCUUGAAGAGACCAUCUCAGAUACCAUCAGGAGGACAGCCGGGGAACCCAAACCCAGCAGUACCCCAGUGGGAACCAAUAGGGGCCCCUGUCGGACGACGGCCUGGUCUAGCGCAACUGGGUCUACCAGACUUUAACAAAGACAAUGGACAGGCACCAACAGAACACCAUAGUGGAUAUGGUGACCGUGGUUUACCCAGCCAACGAGGGGGGUCUCCCCAUCUCCCGGCUAAUGCCUUUAGACAAGACAAGCCACCUCAUGUCGGUAAUGUACCAGAUAUGCCUCUUCCUCCGGGCUGGACUGUAGAUAGGACGAUGAGGGGGAGGAAGUUUUAUAUUGAUCAUAACACCCAGACAACUCAUUGGAGCCAUCCACUGGAAAAGGAGGGCUUGCCUCCGGGUUGGGAGAAAGUUGAAUCUAGAGAGCAUGGAACAUACUAUGUCAAUCAUGUCACAAAGAGCGCUCAGUACAGACAUCCAAACGCACCCAAGAUUCCACGAUACGAACCUACCCCGCCCAUCCCAAAGAGUCUGCCCAUCCCACCCCAGUCAUCAAACAUCAACCCAGCGACUCGUUCACAAGGUCAAGCCAGCCAGGCAAACAACUUCUGGGUACCACCGAAUCCUUAUCUUUACACAGAAAUACCAAACUGGUUGGAUGUGUAUUACAAGGCUUCCCCCGAGCAUGAUCAUAAGCUGAAGUGGGACCUGUUCAGACUGCCGGAGUUAGAUGCAUUUCAAGCAAUGUUAACAAGGUUAUAUAAAGAAGAUUUAAGAACAGUGGUAAUGGACUAUGAAGCGUACAGGCAAUCAUUACUCAGGGAGAUUGAAAGGAGACAUGUCAGGCAAUUACAUAUACAGCAACAACAGAUAGCAUACCAGCAACAUGGCUACCCACAACCUGCUCAGGCUCAUGGCCACCACCCACAACAACAACAACAACAGCAGCAACAACAACAAGAGCAACAACAAAGACCAGUUAGCCAACUCAACCAGCUCCAACAACAUCCUGGUCUCAGGCAGCAACAUGAACAGCCGCAACAGGCAUUAUCCCACCAGCAACAACUUGCCAUAUUGUACCAACAGUUGUUAAAGCAGCAGCAGCAACAGCAACAAAAACUCCACCAACAGACGCAUGGUGCUAAAGAUAGUAGGGAAACAAGGAUAUGAAGAGGUCAGUCUUGGUUAGAUCCGUUGAUGGCUUUUAGUUGUAUGUGACAACUGAAGUCAACAUGCAGGUUGAUAUAAUAAGAAUUGAUGGCAUUAAUAUCCUUAUUACUUCACCCAGGUAGGACGAGAGAUCUGCACAUGCGGUACAUACAUUGAUGUAAUCAACUUGCAAUUUGCUAAUUGGAUAGUAUAUGAAAGUGAUGUUGAUGGUGAUUUUUACCUAAAUGCUAAGAGAGCAUGAAGGCUUGUAAGCAAGCUCAACUAGAUGACUGAAGGCUAAAGAUCCUCUCCAGGGGACCUUAGAAGCGUUUCAUCAAUUUUUUUGUCAGAAUAGUUGUCAGAUCUGACAACUUCUCUUGAUUUUGAUUGGCUGAGAAGUACUGUUCCUAAGGUAACUGUUGUAUUACAUAGGACUGUCAGAUGAAACGUCCGACAAUUCCUUUGAUGUAACGCUCCCCUGGUAAUAAUUGCCUUACCAAAGGGAACUAUCGCACCAAGUGGUAAUAAGAGCCGGGUCA